AUGGCGUGGAAUUCAAGCUACCUAACCCUACUGGCCUCUUUGUAUCUCAUGAACCUCGCUAUUGCUAAAAAUCCGUGCAAGACAGAAUUUAGCGUACCUGGUAUGGCUCUCAAAGGAUUCGUCUUCAAAAAGGUGCCGGUAAAAGCUCCUCAUGUGUGCGAUAUCACCUGCGAGAGAGAAACGAUAUGUCAAAGCUACAAUUAUGUAAUUGGGGAAAAGUCCUGUGAAUUAAACACCCGAACCAAGGAAGCAAGGCCCAAGAAUUUCCAGCCAGACGAUUCACGCUUUUACAUGGGACGCAUUAGUGGUAGAACCCCCUUAGGAUCUAUUCCCGAAUUACCAGCGUUAUCGUGCCAAGAGAUAAAAUUAAGUGAAGGUAAAGACAGCAUCAGUAAAAAUUACUGGUUGGAUCCAACUAAUUUCGGGAGCUCAGAGUUGGUUUACUGCGACAUGAAUUUGGAAGUGAUUUCUGAAUGUAAAGGCAGCAAUAAAGUUUGUGACGAAAAUGCAAACUGCUCCAAUACUGUUGGGUUUUAUAAUUGCACCUGCAAAGACGGAUUUACUGGGGAUGGACGCUUGUGCUCAGCCGACCCAUGUUAUUAUCAUCAAAACCUGAAUGAUGCCAGUAGAAAGAGCAGUUACCUAACACCCCAGUUCCAAGAGGUGUGUGACGACCACCUUGUUGAGGGAUGGUAUCGUUUUGUGGGAGCUGCAGGAACAAAAAUGCCAACAACGCGUGUGCCAGCAUACAGAUGUGGUACAGAGUGGUCUGGCUGGUUGGAUGCUGCUCAUCCUACAGUGGAAGAAGGUGAAGUUCGAAGGACGGUCUGCUUUAGUGAUCGCACUACUGGUUGCAAAUACGCAACAUAUAUUUUUGUAAAAAACUGUGGAUCCAACUUCAUCUACAAACUUAAAAGCCCACCUGGUUGUCCCUCACGCUACUGUAGUACAGACUGAAUGUGAAGCAAAUAUGCUUCGUGUAGUAAGAGGACUAAUAAAUCGCUCCGUAGGUAAUGUGUACAAGGUUUUGACAUGCGACGUAUUCAACUUUUCUUCU